CAUAGGCCUGGGUCCGUUCUCCCGAUACUAACUGCUGGUGUCAACAAUUUGCUGUUCACACGUUACCGCUAUCAAUUGUCACCAUGUUUGCUCGUCGUUGCGCCCGCCUGGCUAACUCUCGGACGGCUGUCCCCUUGACCUCCUACUUGGCCCGCGUGCGCCAGUACUCGUCCGGUUCGAGCUAUGAACAUAUCCUGACCUCGACUCCGAAGCCCGGUGUCGGUCUCAUCACUCUGAACCGGCCCAAGGCCUUGAAUGCUCUUUGCAGCCCGCUCUUCACUGAGCUGAACGAUGCCCUGAGCAAGUAUGACACCGACAAGGACAUCGGCGCAAUUAUCAUCACCGGCAGCGAGAAGGCAUUCGCCGCCGGCGCCGACAUCAAAGAAAUGGCCCCCUUGAGCUUCUCCGCCGCCUACACCGACAACUUCAUCGCACCCUGGUCCCACCUCGCCAACGCAAUCCGCAAGCCCGUCAUCGCCGCCGUGUCCGGAUAUGCCCUAGGCGGCGGCUGCGAGCUGGCCCUGAUGUGCGACAUUCUGUACUGCACAUCGAACGCGACCUUCGGCCAGCCCGAGAUCAAGCUCGGUACUAUCCCCGGUGCCGGCGGAUCCCAGCGCCUGACGCGGGCGAUUGGCAAGAGCAAGGCUAUGGAGUUGAUUCUUACCGGCAAGAACUUCAGCGGUAAGGAGGCCGGUGAGUGGGGUGUUGCGGCGCAGGUUGUUGAUGGUGGUAAGGAGGAGCUGCUUGAGGUUGCACUGAAGACCGCGGAGACUAUUGCUGGUUACAGCCGUGUGGCGGUUGUUGCUGGCAAGGAGGUUGUGAAUAAGAGUCAGGAGUUGUCGCUCCGGGAGGGUGUUGAGUAUGAGCGACGCCUGUUCCAUAGCUUGUUUGGCAGCAAGGAUCAGAAGAUUGGAAUGACUGCUUUCGCGGAGAAGAAGAAGCCCGAGUGGUCGCACGAGUAGAUCUCUUCGAUCUCUAUAGAAGAUACUGUGUUCUAAC